AUGAUAUAAAUUAAAGAUUUAUUGGUUCUUACAACCAUCCUUUUCAAAUUAUAUAACGAAUAACAACACAGACAAUCUUAAUUAAAUUAUAUAAAACUAUAAUCAUCAUUGAAAUUAAUCUGUAUUUCAAAUACCAGAUAUCUACAUACCAUUUCUUUUAAUUCAUUAUACAAGUUAAGUACUUAAAUUAACUAUGUAAUUUUGAAAAAUUCAGACUACUUUUUGGAAUGCACACUCCCUAUAUUAUGA